UCAAAACAAAAUCACAUGAGCAGGCAACAGACCAUCCAAGUUGAAGCGCUCGACGCGCGACUUUACGCCCUGCUGCAGCAGGGUCUGUUAAUGGAUGUCAGAGGGAGUCGAGCGGCGUGUGGAGAGAUAAACAUGGAGAAAAACGUCGGGUCGCUUCAGGAGCAGGCGCUGAAGAGAAAAGAGAGACUCAAAGCGCUGAGGGAUAAAAAACGUCACGGACAUGAGCAGGAAGAUGAAGAACCAGAGAGCAAAAAGGCGACACUAGAGGAGACUCCUGAAGAAAAGCACAGAGAGCUGAAACUGAGGAAUUACACUCCGGAAGAUGAAGAGCUGAAGGAGAGGCAGGUACCUAAAGCCAAACCAGCUUCAGUGGAAGAUAAAGUAAAAGAUCAGUUGGAGGCAGCAAAUCCUGAGCCCAUAAUCGAAGAAGUGGAUUUGGCCAAUCUUGCACCAAGAAAACCAGACUGGGAUCUGAAGCGUGAUGUGGCAAAGAAACUGGAAAAGCUGGAGAGGCGAACACAGAGAGCCAUCGCUGAGCUCAUCCGGGAUCGGCUGCGAGGCAGUGAGGAGGAGCUGGCUGCAGCGGUGGGAGCUGUGGGAGUGGAGGAGGGAGACUCGGACUGAAUACGUGAUGUAACGGGGAAACUGACAGAAACAGGAACGGCCUCAGUUCACUGUGCUUUCAAAUGUGAGCUGUACAUAUUGGUUUCAUCCUGCAGAGGAGACGGUUGGAUGUGUUUUUUUCCUCACCUUCCUAUGAGUCAUGUGUUUCAUAUGUGGUUUGUGAAGGUGUGUUUUAUAUAUAUAUAUUUUUAAACAUUUAAAAUAAAAUGGCUGUUUUUUUUUUUUAAAAAAUGUCUGAAUUUCCUUGUUAAAUAAAUAAAGCUACUAUAGAAGA